GUAACCUGGGGUCCCAGCUGGUUGAAUAUAAAGAAGAGAUGUAUAUCACAUCUGACUGUGGGAACACAUGGCGUCAGGUCUUCGAAGAAGAGCAUCAUAUCUUGUACCUGGACCAUGGUGGAGUUAUUGUGGCCAUCAAAGACACCUCUAUCCCUCUGAAAAUACUCAAGUUCAGCAUAGAUGAAGGGCAGACUUGGAGUACACAUAAUUUUACCAGCACUUCAGUCUUUGUAGAUGGAUUACUUAGUGAACCUGGAGAUGAGACACUGGUCAUGACAGUCUUUGGACACAUUAGCUACCGUUCAGAUUGGGAACUGGUGAAGGUGGACUUCAGACCGUCCUUCCCCAGGGAGUGCACUGAUGAUGACUAUGAGUCUUGGGAGCUCACAAAUCUACAGGGUGAUCGUUGCAUCAUGGGCCAGCAGAGGAGCUUUCGAAAGAGGAAGAUUUCAUCAUGGUGCAUUAAAGGGAGAAGUUUCACAUCAGCUCUCACAUCCAAAGUCUGUGAAUGUGUGAACUCUGAUUUCUUAUGUGAUUAUGGUUUUGAGCGCUCCGCAGUCCCAAAGUCGGAGUCUAGCAAAUGCUUUGCUGACUUUUGGUUUAACCCAGAAGCACCUCCUGAAGACUGCGUGCUGGGGCAGGCAUACACCAGCAGCACUGGGUACAGGAAAGUUAUUUCUAAUGUGUGUGAGGGAGGUGUAGACCUGCAGCAGAACUUAGCACAGCAUAUGUGUCCAUUGAUUGCUCCCAAGGGGCUGCAGAUCAGCAUCAGAGAAGAAAGCCUGGCUGUUAAGCCUGGGGAAGACAUCACCUUCAUCGUCAGACAGGAGCAGGGUGAUAUAUUGAAUACCAAAUACCAGGUGGAUCUUGGAGAUGGUUUUAAGGCAAUAUACGUGAACCUUACAAUGACUGGAGAACCCAUCCGUCACCGCUAUGACAAUCCUGGGAUUUACCGUGUCUCAGUGAAAGCUGAGAAUGUGGCUGGGCACGAUGAGGCUGUGGUAUUCGUCCAAGUCAAUUCUCCACUACAGGCUUUAAAUUUAGAAGUGGUUCCGGUCAUUGGGAGAAAUCAAGAGGUGAACCUGACAGCCAUCAUACUGCCCAAGAACCCUAAUUUGACAGUCUUCUACUGGUGGAUAGGCAACAAUCUUCAGCCUCUCCUUACAUUGGAGAGUUUUCUGGUGACAAAGUUUGCUGAGACAGGUGAUGUCAGAGUUACAGUGCAAGCUUCCUGUGGGAGCUCCAUGCUUCAGGACUCAAAAGUUGUCCACGUUUUUGAUCAUUUUCACGUUCUUCCUCUGAAGUUUACUAAGCACCUGGACAUGUACAACCCUGACAUAGCGGAGUGGAGGGAAGACAUAGGGCGGGUAGUAACACGGCUUCUUGCAAAGGAAACUAAUAUUCCUGAAGAAACACUCAUGACAGUCGUGAAACCUGGUCUGCCCACAACUGCUGACUUGCAUGUGCUACUACCAGCAAAUCAACCAAAAAGGAAGAGAAGUGUAACUAGUGAUAAGAGAAUAGCGGCUAUAAAGCAAGCCCUGAAUGCACACAACAUCAGUUUCUUUCUGAGGGGAGGAUACUGGGUCUUAGUGACUUUAGCUGACUCCGAUUCAGACUCUCAGAGGAUUGGAGGAGGCAGUGGCUACUGGGCUAUCGUGGUUCUCUUUGUUAUCUGUCUAGUUGCAGUUGGGGCUUUCAUCCUCUACAAGUUCAAAAGGCAA